AUGAGUCCUCUCGUUCGUGCGGGCGAUCAGUUCAUUCCGACGAGUUGGUACAGCGCGUGGUUUGCCCGACUUUGUGGGGUGUGCGUGCUUGAUCUCAUCCCGUACAAGCUGAUGAUCACAGAGGCCACCCCAACGACCUUCGUGACGAGGCACAAGGUCUGUGGGAUGAUCGCACCAAAGCACGUACGCUCUGACACGUGGCAAGUCGCGUCACUGGCGCCACUCACCAUCAAGAGCACUGGGACGGUAUGCUCGUGUUGCACGUUCUGCAUCACGUGCGGCAGAUCGUCCGGAACCACGUACGAGCAAGAGCUGGUGGCAGAGGAUGCCGCGAUCUCCUUUGGGAUCACGCCGCAGGAGCUGCAGCGCGAGCUCCCUUCCCAGCCCAAGCAGCCAAAGCCAUCCAUGGACUACGUGGCGAAGCAGCGCCAAGCCAACACGCCGCUGCCGCAGGACGAGGAUCCCCACCCCCCUGCCUAG